AUGAAGGUGCCGAUGGCAUUGGUGAUUGCAGGCUCAACGGGCGGGAAUGACGGAGGCAUCGGCGGAUUCGCUUUCGGUGAGGCGGGCGGGAACCCCGGGGGUGGCGCCAUUGUGGGCACGCUGGUUGGCGUCGACGUCGGAGAGGACGACAGCAGCGAGGUUGGCGUCACGCUCGGCGUCGAGGAGGGGGCGGCGCUCGGCGCCAUUGUGGGCACGCUAGUGGGGGCGGAAGAGGGGGAGGAGCUGGGCAUCGACGAAGGGGCUAAGCUCGGCGAUAAGGAGGGGGCAGCGCUGGGAGAUGAUGAUGGGGUAGAACUUGGCGAUGAGGAGGGCAGACUCGUGGGGGCGGCACUCGGGGACGAGGAAGGCGAAAUCAAGGGAGCCAUCGAGGGCGCGGCAGGAG